CACUGCAGCGCAUGCGCAGUUCAGCGGUACGCGAGACGAAGAGGAAACGAACAUUUUUACAGCUCCGUCAUCGAUGCAACAAUUUGUUCCCGUCUCGGUUCUCCGGGGAUAACUGGAUACAUCCGACUGGUUUAACUCUGGGACGCAAAUAGAAGAGAGCAGGUGAGAAGAAGAUGGGGUGUACUCUGAGCACGGACGACAAGGCGGCGCAGGAGCGGAGCAAGAUGAUCGACAGAAACCUGCGGGACGACGGAGAAAAGGCUGCCCGGGAGGUCAAGCUGCUGCUGCUGGGCGCUGGAGAGUCUGGGAAAAGCACAAUUGUCAAACAGAUGAAGAUCAUCCAUGAGGCCGGCUACUCGGAGGAGGAGUGUAAGCAGUACAAGGCCGUGGUCUUCAGCAACACCAUCCAGUCCAUGAUGGCCAUCAUCAGAGCCAUGGGACGCCUGAAGAUUGAAUUUGCUGAGUCAGCCAGAGCAGACGAUGCCCGACAGCUGUUCGCCCUUGCGAGUACAGCAGAAGAGGGCGUCAUGACGCCUGAGCUGGCCGACGCCAUCCAGCGGCUCUGGAAGGACGGAGGCAUUCAGGAAUGCUUCGGCCGUUCCCGGGAAUACCAGCUCAACGACUCGGCAUCAUACUACUUGAAUGAUCUGGAAAGGCUAUCUGCACCUUCAUACGUCCCAACGCAGCAGGAUGUGCUGAGGACCAGAGUCAAAACCACCGGCAUUGUGGAAACACACUUUACCUUUAAGGACCUGCACUUCAAGAUGUUUGACGUCGGUGGACAGAGGUCCGAGAGGAAGAAGUGGAUUCACUGUUUUGAGGGAGUGACCGCCAUCAUCUUCUGCGUGGCGCUGAGCGACUACGACCUGAUGCUGGCGGAAGACGAGGAGAUGAACCGAAUGCAUGAGAGCAUGAAGCUGUUCGACUCCAUCUGCAACAACAAGUGGUUCACAGAGACCUCCAUCAUCCUCUUCCUCAACAAGAAAGAUUUGUUUGAGGACAAGAUCGCCAAGAGUCCUCUGACCAUCUGCUUCCCCGACUAUGAAGGUCCCAACACCUACGAUGACGGUGCAACCUACAUCCAGUUCCGGUUCGAGGACCUGAACAAGAGGAGGGACGUGAAGGAGGUCUACACCCAUUUCACCUGCGCCACCGACACCAAGAACGUGCAGUUUGUGUUCGACGCCGUCACAGACGUCAUCAUCAAGACCAACCUGAAGGACUGCGGCCUUUUCUAAAGGCAGCGAGUCGGCCAACCAAGUGACUUAGUUCAACCCGGAGUCGGCGUGCUGGAUGGGCCCUGACCAGAAUGUCACUUUUAACCUCUUAUUAACUUAUGUUCAUCUCUAAAAGUUUGAAAGAUGGUGUGUAGAGAAAAUCUUUUCUGUAAAAUAUUUGUACAACAGUCUAUGGCCAUGGAUUUUUAGAAGUUUUAAAUUGUGUUUUACUUAUUUUAUUUUUUUAUAUAAAGAAGGGGAGUUAUUUGCCAGUUUGAGGGUCCAAAAAUGAACUUUGUUUUUUUUUUGUUUGUUUUUUUGCCCUGUUACCUUAGUUACAGUGCGUGCUCUUUUUUUAAAGUCAGUGUAUCUUUGGCCGUUUAACUCUUCACUCAGUCACCUGAAUUACUCUCUGGGCAUUUUCAGCCUCAGUUUUUGCAUAAUUUCAUCUCUCCAUAUAGAAAAACUGCAGACCAGUUCACUCUGAUGCUGACAAACUGUGAGUGUGCUUGUGUGUGUGUGUGGGCGUGUGUGUGUGUGUGCUGUGAGUGAUGGCUUUGUUUGGAUUGAAGCUAGAUGCCUGUUUGAGUGACUGUCUCUGUCUGUGUGAGUGAAUGGGUGCACCACAUAAACAAAAGGACUUUUAUUCCUCUACUUGUCAUCCUCUUUCAAAGUUGUAUUUUUCUAAGCGACCAAAAAAAGAAGCUACUCUUAUUAAUUAGUCCAAGUUGUUGAUGUGCUCCUGCAGACAUUCCCAGAGAAUCAUGAGGGAAAGAGGAUGGCAGAGGUGGCCUUGUAGCAGAUUUAGGAUCCGUUGUUGAUCUGUGUUCAGUGUAAAGACAAACCUGAAUGGGUUCAUGAUUGGAACAUGUUGCAUAUCUCCCCCCUUUGGCCCCUUUUGUUUCCAUUGGGUAUAUGGACAUUAGCGGACUAAUCUCCAUGAUUUUGCUAAUAAAAGAGCUGUUCUGGUAAAACCAGGACAACUUGUGCAACAGA